CGCGGCGCCCUGCGAUGACGCGGGCGGGGGGCGGCGGGACGAGCGGGAUGGCGAUGUUCCGGAGCCUGGUGGCCUCGGCGCAGCAGCGGCAGCCCCCGGCUGGGCCCGCGGGCGGCGACAGCGGGCUGGAGGCACAGUACAGCUGCCCCAUCUGCCUGGAGGUCUACCACCGGCCCGUGGCCAUCGGCAGCUGCGGCCACACGUUCUGCGGGGAGUGCCUCCAGCCAUGCCUGCAGGUGCCAUCCCCCCUGUGCCCGCUCUGCCGCCUGCCCUUUGACCCCAAGAAGGUGGACAAGGCUGCCCAGGUGGAGAAACAGCUGUCGUCCUACAAGGCGCCCUGCCGGGGCUGCAGCAAGAAGGUGACCCUUGCGAAGAUGCGCAUGCACGUGACCUCCUGCCUGAAGGUGCAGGAGCAGAUGGCCAGCUGCCCCAAGUUUGUCCCUGUGGUGCCCACGUCCCAGCCCAUCCCCAGCAACAUCCCCAACAGGUCCACCUUCGCCUGCCCUUACUGCGGCGCCCGCAACCUGGACCAGCAGGAGCUGGUGCGGCACUGUGUGGACAGUCACCGCAGUGACCCCAACCGCGUGGUGUGCCCCAUUUGCUCGGCCAUGCCCUGGGGUGACCCCAGCUACAAGAGCGCCAACUUCCUGCAGCACCUACUCCACAGGCACAAGUUCUCCUACGACACCUUCGUGGACUACAGUAUUGACGAGGAGGCCGCCUUCCAGGCUGCACUGGCCCUGUCGCUGUCUGAGAACUGAGGGCAGCCCAGCCACCUGCCCGCACCGGGGCAGGGCGGAGGGGCCUUCCGCUUGAGGCUCACGCACACGCUGUCCUGCCCGGCCAGGUGAGGGCUCUGCACGUGCCUGAGCAGAGCCAUCCGGUGCCCGGCUGCCAGCCUGCGCUGGGAGACCACGGUGCUUCCAGCUGAGCAGGGGGCCAGCACAGGGGACGUCCUGGGAUCAGGCAGUGGGGAGAGGCCCCCAUCUACCGCCGCCCGCCCGGGACCCCGAGGGCCCUGCGUUUUCUAUGAUCCAAGUGUGACGAUCUUUUCACGUUUUAUAGAGCAAAGACACAGCAGUUACUCUUCAUGUCACGUCUGUGUUUGACUAGCAACAAUAGUAUUUUUAUGGGACAUUUACAGAUUAUAUUUUUCAAAAAAACUCAGAAAUGCAGCCCCGAAGGUCAGUGCCGGCGGGGGGAGGCGCUGGUCCAUGUGUGCGAGGCCUGUUGAACCCUGAGACCCUCACUGCUCCCCCACGCACGGCCGGGUGGCU